ACAUACGAAGAAAACUGUUUAUAUUGAAGGUAAAUAUUGUGUAAUUGUAAUAGAUAAUUAAAGUGAAAGUGAUGGAAUGCCCCGUAUAUAAAAUACCUGUGAUUAAUGUGAAAAAUAGAAAAUGCCAUAUUGUGUAGCUUCUGGAUGCUACAAUUCGCACCAAAAAGGCGCAGUAAUGCAUAGUUUUCCACGAGAUUUGCAACGUAAAGAAAAAUGGAUAGAAAAUGCUGGUGGACCUUCAGGAUUCAAAUACUGUAGAAUUCCAAACGAAAAGUCAUAUUUAUGUGAGUUCCAUUUCACGGUUGACAUGUAUGAGAAGGAACGUGUUGAUGGCCGGAAAAAAUUAAAAUCAUCUGCUGUUCCAACGAUUUUUGGACAACUUGUCAUUCAACAAAAUAAAAAAAAUGUUGCAGCGUUUAUACCUAAUACUACAUCAGUUACAGAAAUCGUAGCUUCUAAAUUAACAGCUCAGGGGGAUGAAGGAUAUGUUCCCAAUGCUGCAGAAAUUGAAAUAUCUAAUCCGGUUCAGAGAGAGGAAGAUUUUCUCUCCGAUAUUGCACCCACUAAAGAAAUUGUAGUAUCUCAUUCAGUUCAAGGAGACGAAGAUUUUGUAUCGGAAUCUGCUUCAGAAAUAUCUCAGCAUAUAGCCUCAGCUCCAGUGUGCUUGCAAGAUUCUGAUGUCUGUCGCAAUAAAGAUUUUUGUAAUUUGGAAUCCCUUGAAUACUACAAACAACAAGCUCAUAGAUUUGGACAACUGUUUGAAAGAAGUGAACAAAGGAGAAGAAUUAUGAAGAAAAAGCAUAAGCAAGCACAAAUUCUAUUCAAGAAGAAACUGAAGAUACUAGAAGAGGAAGUACGUAUUAAUAAUCUAUACCCUAAAAUACUUCAAAGUUUGUUAAAUAGCGAUCAAAUUAAUUUACUAUGCCGCAAAUAUAAGAAAAUACCGAAAUGGAGCGAUAAGACGUUAGUGAAGGCAUAUCAAUUAAAAUUUGCUUGUGGUUAUUCUGGCUACCAAGAGUUAUUGAGGCACGGUUUUCCACUUCCAUCGAUCAGAACAUUAAGAAAAAAAUUGGAAGUUUCAGAGUGGAAAAUCUGA